AUGCCUACUGACUUGCCUAUCGUGAAUAGUGUGAAACAGUGGACCCCUGGAUCAAACCGUCUAACCAAGAAAAACCUUAAAAGACCGAACCGUGCUCUGCCUCUACCCUGCUCGCCGCUAACAGUGGUGCAACAGCAGAUCCCGUAUAAAAAGGGGCGCAAGGACACCGCUGAUAGUGUUUUAGCUCCAGAGAAUUAUAACUUGGUUCUCCAGGCAGUUAUAAACCCACAAAUCGCGCAGCCAGGGACCGUAUGGUCUGAGUCCAAACAACAAGUGGUCGGGGCGGUGGAUGUGCAUGUGUCUGCGCCGCCUGCAGAGACCGUUACUGCACAGCCGGAUGGAUGCAUUCAGCAUGUCCUUGGUGACCCUCAGUAUGCACCACUACCAGAACUGACCGAUGAGGAUAUCGAGGCUCUCGCCGACAUUCCGUUGUGGCCCUCAGCGCUGUUGGAACAGCUCGACUUCACUCCAGCUCAGUGGAUAGACCCUCCAGCUACUUCCGUAGGGGGUACCGCCAGGGCAGAACCUGUAAACCAUCAGCCUGCAGCCCCCGCCUCUGGAUCACGACCCAUCAUCCAGGCCUCUAUUCACGAUCCGCCAGGCACUGUGAGUCCCUACGCCUACGGGGCAGUGGCUACGCUCCUACCUGUCGGUGCAGCGGUUGCUGGUGAAUACAUUGCGGGUGGGCCAUGUACCAAAUGUUGUAAGGAUUGUGCUGAUAAAUUAACCGUGGUAACUACAGCGGCUGAUGUAAAUGCCUUAACCAUUGGUCGUCAGUGUAAACUGGGUGCAUUGUCUGUGAAACGUAAUGACAUCAGAUUUCAGGCUAUCGAAGAGCAAACGAAGCAGUCACUCAAGACACUCGGGGCAAUCAAGGCCGAGAUAGCGCGUGAUCGUCGUGCUAUUGCAUCCCAGAAAGCCGCGCUAGUGCGUUAUGGUCUGGCUAUAGAAUCAAUACAGCAGAAGAAUUUGGCAGUCGAGGCAGCAGUGCGUGUUAACACUCUGGCUUUGGAUAGGGGGCCUAAGAUAUCUAAUAUAGCUCGGAAAAUAUGGCUAAUUGAAGAUACGGCGCAGGAUAACAUCAGGGCCUACAAGGCCCUGUCUGCCCGGAUGACUGUUAUGAAUAAUGCACUGGAUAAGCUUACGAUGAAUCGUUAGUAUUUGAUUUGUGGUUUUGGGGUGUUAUUUUUAUUUUUUGUUUGUUUGCUUUUUUCGUUUAUUCUGUGGAGAGGGUAAUUUUUUUUGUUUUAAACUGAACGCAAUAAAACUUUUUUCUUUUAAUAUCUGACUAACUUUUUUUUUUUUUUUUUUAUCUAUCAGCAUAAAAACUAUAGCUGAACACAAUGCAUAAAGCUAUUAGCCCCAGAAAAAGGAAAUUCAAAUCUGUAGAUGUAAAUCCCAAGAGACGGCGUAGAUCUGAUAGCGGGGGUAGCAUUAUGGAUGUAGAACUUGAAGAGAUGGCAAUGAGGUAUGAUGCAACCGGCGAUACGUCUCAUUUGCUGGCUGUAGGACGUGUGGGGGGUGGGGGGAUGAGUGCUGAAGGUGGUUUAGACAUGCGGGAAAUACGCGCCGACAUAGCUAGAACUAGACGUGUGUUAAUUGCUGCUGAUGCAUGGGGGGGGUAGAAUGACGGAUGCACUAGAAAGGGCUGCUAUGAUAAAUGUUUCGAACGAUCCAUGUGUAGAUGGCGGGGAGGUGUGUGUGGGGUUAGAUGUCCCCGGGGAUUUAGACACACGGGAUGUGUUGUAUGCGGCGGCAUACACCAGAGAUGUACUUAACACUGUCGAUGGGUGGCUGGCUAGUGCACAAGAGAGGCUAGACAUAGCCGCUCAGAUAGACAUAACAUCGUCGAUAGAUGUAUCGCAUGUGUCGCAACGUGACGAAGGGGAUGGU